AUGGAGGAACAUUUACGCCAAAGUAUUUCCAAUCACCCGUCAGCCUUCCAGCUGCAUAGCAGCUCGCCCCACCGGUCCGAAAGGAUGGCUUUGCGCUCCCAAAACGAAGCCACCUCCACGGCCCUGGAGCGUGAGGAAAUCAUGCAUCACCGCAGUGGCAGCCCCGAUGAGGAGGGCAUGCCUCCACCUCAAUACACUGCCGACAGAGACCCGUUCCAGCUGGCGUCGAAGCUGAAGACCGAAGAAGAAAUUCGCCAGAUCAAGGCCAACACCUCUCGGAAACGUGACAAUGCUCAGAGUGUCAAGGUCAUGGAAAAGGGCAAGCAGGCCCUCACCGCCCGGAAGCUGCAGGGCUUCUAUGAGAACCAGAACGAGAACAUCGAGCGCAUGUUGAAGCCGGUUGAGGAGCAUGUGCGUGCUGCCCGCGAGCUCAACAACGAGAACAGCCUGAAGUACAAGAUCGCCGUCUACGCCAGUUUUGCCGCCAACAUCAUCCUCUGUGUCGUGCAAGUGUACGGCGCUGUCUCCUCCGGCUCUCUAUCACUUUUCACCACAAUGGCCGACGCUAUUUUCGAUCCCAUGUCCAACUUGACCCUCCUGUUGUGCAACAAGGCCGUUCACCGUGUCGACCCUCGCAGAUUCCCCGCCGGCAAAGCCCGCAUUGAAACUGCUGGCAACAUCUGCUUCUGUUUCUUGAUGACUGCUGUCUCGUUCAUCAUUAUCGCCUUCUCCAUCCGCGAGAUCGUCGAGGGCUCCGACACUCUGACUUCUUCCUUCCACCUGCCCUCCGUCAUCGCCGUCUCGUUUGCAUUCGUCACCAAGCUCGGCCUCUUCCUCUAUUGCUUCGCCCUGCGAAACCAAGUCUCCCAAAUUCGCAUUCUGUGGGAAGACCAUCGCAACGAUCUUCUCAUCAACGGCCUCGGUCUGGCGACCUCUGUCAUGGGUAGUAAGAUCCGCUGGUGGAUCGAUCCCAUGGGCGCUAUUCUGCUGUCCGUGCUGAUCAGCGGUCUCUGGCUGCACUCCGCGUACAGCGAGUUCCAGCUCCUUGUCGGCGUCACUGCCGACACCAAGAUGCAACAGCUCAUCACGUAUAUCUCCAUGACCCACUCCCCAUUAAUUACCGCCAUCGACACCGUCCGCGCCUACACCUCCGGUCCUCGCCUCCUCGUCGAGGUCGACGUCGUCAUGGAUGCCUCCGAUUCUCUCCGCGCUACUCACGAUGUCGCUGAGGAGCUGCAGAUUAAGCUCGAGUCUCUGCCGGAUGUCGAGCGUGCUUACGUGCACGUUGACUACGAGACCACCCACAAGCCCGAGCACUUCCUCAAGAAGGAGCUGUAA